ACAGUUUGUAUUUCCAUGAGGAUUUUCCUCGUUACACAUUGUGAACGAGCUUAAGAAAGUGAUGUAGCUUUUCUACCACGUUAAGUAGCUUCAUCUAAGCCUGUAUACUAGCGACGCGUUCGAUACGAGGGAUAUGCAGACGAUUUGCGUUGUGACGUGUGCAGUUGAUUAAUUCGCUACUCCUGCUCCGCUUCUAAUACUCUAUUGCCCAACCCGUUCAAAGCGAUCUACUACUACCACGCAUAACACAUGGCAGAAACAGAAGAGAAUUUGACAGAUUCUGGUAAAAUCAUUUACGACUGGAACCCACCCACUGGCGUAAUAGAAAAUUAUAGCUAUCGUGGCGAUCCAAUUACCAAAACAGAGAUGGUAUCCAUGUUUGAACGAAAUAAAAGUCGAGAAUACAAAGGACAUAAAGACAAAGUACACACAGUUGCUUGGAAUAGCGAUGGUCGAAGGUUAGCUUCUGGAUCUGUAGACAAGACAGCACGCGUUUGGAAUCCUCAUCGACCGGAACUCAGGUAUACCAUGGAGUUGAAGGGCCAUACGCAAAGUAUAGAUCAAUUGGAUUGGGAUCCAACCACGCCAGAUCGACUUGCCACAGCAUCAUGCGACGGGACUGCAAGGAUAUGGGAUCAGCGAUCCGGAAAGUGUACAUCAACAAUCCAAACAGGUGGCGAAAACAUCAAUAUCUGUUGGAGUCCUGACGGAAACUAUAUCGCCGUGGGCGACAAGGGCGAUAACAUAAGCUUUAUCGACACACGCACAUUCAGCAUUUUCAAGACACAAGGACACAGCAAUAUGGAAGUCAACGAGAUUGCAUGGAAUAACGCCACCAAUCUGUUUUUUGUAACGACGGGGUCGGGCACUAUAUGCGUAUACGACUUUCUCGAUGACCUCAAACACCUUUACACAUUACGCGGUCAUGCAGCAAAUUGUUAUUGUGUGGAAGUGGAUCCAACGGGCCGAUAUUUGGCUGCUGGUUCAGCAGAUGCCUCGGUCUCGUUAUGGGACAUGAAAACUUUUGACUGCGUACGAUCAUUCUCUGAGCUGAGCUGGCCGGUCCGAACAAUCAGUUUCAGCUACGAUGGCCAAUUCAUCGCAUCUGCGUCCGAAGAUAGCUUCCUUGAUAUUUCACAUGUGGAAAGUGGAGAGUCAGUACAUCAUAUCGAAACCACUGCUGCUAUGAAUACGGUUGCUUGGAGCCCACGAGAUUACUAUUUGGCUUAUGCUGGUGAUGAGAAGGAAAAGCCAAAUGAUAAGCACGGUAUUGGAAACCUUAGAAUUUUCAGUGUAAAGGAUCCAAGGAGCUCGCUGUAGAAGGAGGAUGCUCUUUACGUUAUCUGUAACGUACAUAUUUGCCUUGUGUCUUUUUCCCUCCCGCUCCUAAUCAAAUCCCUACCAUCAUCAUAUGAUAUACUUUACGUGUAGUCUUGUCACUGUUUAUAUGGAAUGUUUUUAAUGUAUCUACAUUUAUAAAGUACUUUUCAUCUCUG